AUGCGCUUGCUCAAAACAGACACCAUUGAACUCCAUGAGUAUUUUGAUACUCAGAUCCCACCAUAUGCAAUUCUUUCUCAUCGAUGGGGAGAUGGCGAAGUCACUUUACAGAAGGUGCAAAGUGGGGAAGGCCCACAAAUGCCAGGAUAUCAGAAGAUCAUCAAGUGUUGCGCCCAGGCUAUCAGGGAUGGAUGGAACUAUGUUUGGAUUGAUACCUGCUGCAUAGAUAAGACGAGUAGCGCGGAGCUCUCGGAAGCCAUCAAUUCAAUGUACAGAUGGUACCAAAAAUCGCAGGUAUGCUACGCAUAUUUAGUCGACGUUCCGGAUGGUACGGCCGACCAUUCCCGCCCGGAUUCGCUUUUCCGGCAAAGCAAGUGGUUUACUCGAGGUUGGACGCUUCAGGAGCUCUUAGCUCCGACUUUUGUGGAAUUCUAUGACCAAAACUGGAUCGAAAUUGGCACAAAAUCCAGUAUGCGCACUCUCGUUCAAGAAAUUUCAAAAAUUUCAACUUUAGUUGAUAUCGACAAGGCCUGCGUUGCAGAAAAAUUGUCUUGGGCUUCUACCCGAGUGACGACUCGGAUUGAAGAUCUGGCUUAUUGUCUAAUGGGUCUUUUUGAUGUCAACAUGCCUCUGCUUUAUGGGGAAGGGCACAACGCAUUCUUAAGAUUGCAGCUCGAAAUUUGGAGUAGGACGAAUGAUGAGUCAAUAUUUGCGUGG